AUGACCUCGAAAAGAAGCUUGGGUGAGUCAAUGACAAAUGAACAGAUCUGUGAGAAACGAAGAAAGGAUGCUGAAAGGAAAGCAGCAGCUCGAGCUGCCAGGUCAGCACAACAAAUCAUUGCUGAUCGUGCAAAAAACAGAGUGGCGGUGGCAGCAUCAAGAGCUAAUCGAACACCACAACAAAUCGAUCAGGCCCGCGAACGGAAUAGAGAAUGUUCAGCACAAUUUCGUGCGGACAGAACUCCGCAGCAGGCUGAUCUUGAUCAACAGCAAAACACAAGUAGAAUGGCAAAUCGUAGAUUAAUGCAAGCGGAAAUACAAAGGCAAGCCGUUCAAUCAAUAGCGGGCAAUUUUGAUGAACAAACCAUAAAUGAACGCUACUGUGGUGCAUUAAAUGUAUUGUGUGAAUUUUGUAAUUCUAAGAAUUUUCACGAUGAAAAGCCAACAGAUGGUAAGUUUUCAAAAUGUUGUCGAAAAGGAGUAGUCAUACUUCCUGAGAUUAAUGUUGCCCCACUAUUACAACAAUUAAUGACUAAUAACCAUGCACAUUCGAAAAACUUCAUGGAUAACAUUAGGGCAUUCAAUAGCUCUUUAGCAUUUGCCUCAAUGGGUGCGAAUAUCGCUCCUCCACCUGGAGGUGGCCCAUAUUGUUUCAGAAUACAUGACUCUAUUUAUCACAGAGUUGGUGUAUUAAACCCAAGUUCUGGAGAACAAAGAAAGUAUGCUCAGUUAUUUAUCCUUGAUCCAAUGACGGCAGCAGAUCAAAGAAUGCAUAUUGCUGGAAACAUGAACUGUAACCCACAGUUAAUGCAAGAACUCAGUCACUUUGUGACCACCAAUAACCCAUUCGCAAUCUCAUUCAAAAUGCUCCAUGAAGUUGAACAAGAAUGCAUUCGAGAUGCACAACGUCAUGGAUUUCCGCCACCAAAUGCGACGAUGGCAAUAUUGCAAAACAGAAAUUCAGAUUUGCGCCGCUACAAUGCCCCUCGAGUAAAUGAGGUGGCUGUAAUCUUCCAAAAUGCUGAUGGCGAACCACCUUUGGAUAGGGACUUAUUGGUACAUUGCCGAGUUGAUCCUACGCUUCUAAAUUCAAGAAAAACAGAACGAAUUAAUGUCCUAGACCCCAAUUUGGAUCCUAUAGUUUAUCCACUACUAUUUCCAUACGGCGAUCAAAGUUGGGGAAUAAAUAUUCCAUUGGGUCAACGACCAAGAGCUCUUUCGACGAUGGGCAGAUAUGUUUCAGCAAACCCACGAACAAGGGUUUCUCAAAUGGAAUUUUAUAGUUAUCAUUUUUCAAUCCGCAAUAGGUUCAACCCAUUUCUGAAUGCUGGAAAAUUAACUCAACAGUUUUUUGUUGACGCAUAUGUCAAAACUGAAGCCAAUAGAUUUAAUUAUAUUAAACAAAAUCAAUCCAAAUUGCGAGUAGAAUUUUAUAAAGGUCUUCACGACCAUUUGAAUUCUAGAGCUGAAGCGGAAGGACUCUUACCAGGGGUCCCUUUAAUCCUUCCUUCAAGCUUUAAAGGUAGUCCAAGAGAUAUGGCUCAAAGUCAUCAAGAUGCUAUGGCAAUUGUAAGAAAGUACGGGCCCCCAGAUUUUUUCGUCACUAUGACUUGCAAUCCAAAAUGGAAGGAAAUAGUUGAAAAUUUGGAAAGUUGGCAGUCUGUGGAACACCGACCUGAUUUAAUUUCAAGAGUCUUUAAUAUCAAGCUAAAUGCCAUGCUGCAUGACAUUAGUGCAAACCAUGUGCUUGGAAAACCAGUGGCAAAAAUACAUGUUAUUGAGUUUCAGAAAAGAGGCCUGCCACAUGCACACAUUCUGUUGAUUUUAAAGUGCGAAGAUAAGCCAAAGGACAUUGCCGCAAUCAACAAUCUGGUAUCAGCUGAAAUACCUGAUAUAAAUACUCAUCCUAGAUUACAUGCUAUUGUAACUAAACAUAUGGUACAUGGUCCAUGUGGGUCCCUUAAUCCAUCAUCCCCAUGUAUGGACAACGGAAAAUGUACAAAAAACUUUCCGAAGGAUUUCCAAGAGGAAACAGAUGCCACUUUUAAUGGAUAUCCAAAAUACCGUCGAAGAAACAACGGACGGAUUGCCUCUGUCAGAGGCCAUGAUGCUGCUAAUGUCAUUAUUGAUGAACAGAACACUCUACAACACAAUGAAAUCAAGACUUUUCUAGAUUCAAGAUAUGUUAGCGCACCAGAAGCUGCAUGGAGAUUGUUUAGCUUCGAUAUGCACAGACAAUCUCAUACCAUAAAAAAGUUACAAGUGCACUUACCCGACCAUCAAUCGGUGGUAUUUGAUCCUACAGAUAUUCAAAAUGUCGUAGAAAAUGCUGCUUCAUGGAACACAACUUUGACAGCCUGGUUCAAAUUAAAUCAGGAAAAUGUUGAUGCCAGACAGUAUUUAUAUUCAGAAAUCCCUGAGCACUAUGUUUAUGAUAAAGGCAGUUGGAAGAAACGCCAGCGUGGAGCAGACAGAGUUAUUGCAAGAAUGUAUACUGUGAAUUUGGGUUCUGAUCCAGAACGAUUUUGUCUCAGACUUCUAUUGCUGCACGUUCCUGGAGUAGUUUCAUUCGAAUAUCUCAGAACUUUUAAUAAUCAAGUAUAUGAUACUUUUAAAGAAUGUGCCAAACAGCGAGGUCUGAUUUCAGAUGAUGCACUUUGGGAAACAACGUUGAAUGAUGCAGUUCUUUUAAAGAUGCCAAAACAGCUUCGAGAAUUGUUUGCAUAUAUUUGUGUAUUUGCAUCGCCGCUUAGUACUGUAACGUUGUGGGAAAAGUUUAAAAGUCACAUGUAUGAAGAUGUUUCUCGACAUGAAGGACAUGGAGAUGAAUUAUGCAUACCCUGCAAGAAUUAUGCACUGUCAGAAAUUCAAAAUGUUCUAAUUAUCCAUGGUAAACUGUGCUCAGACUUUGGGUUACGCGACCCACCAAAUAGAAGUACAUAUAACCCUCAAGUUUUGUUUAAUGCGGCUCAAGAACAGAGAGUUGCGGAUACAUUGAUUCCCACAUUAAGCGAACAACAACAAAUCGCAUUUGAAGAAGUAAUAAAUGCAAUAGAGAGUGACACUCAGGAAAGCAAAUGCUUCUUUUUAUCGGGACCUGGAGGAAGUGGCAAAACUCACUUAUAUACAACCAUUUUGAGCACAAUUCGGGGAAAUUCAAACAUUGCUUUGCCAGUAGCAUCUACGGGAAUCGCUGCCAAUUUACUCAAUGGAGGAGGAGUUCCUCCCUGGCAUCCAACCUUGCCAGUGCCAUUGUUGAAUGGUUCAGUUUCAUCAAUGAGAGAAACCUCCAAUGAAGCCAAUAUCAUAGAACGCUCCAAAGUAUUGGUCUGGGAUGAGUCCACUAUGGCUCCCAGUGCUGCCUUAAAUGCAGUCGAUGGAUUAUUAAAGGCUAUUAUGAAAAACAAUUUGCCAUUCGGAGGGAAAGCACUCUUACUUGGAGGAGACUUUCGACAAACACUUCCUGUUGUUGUCCGGGGUUCCAGAUCAGCAACCGUUGAAGCCAAAGUAUUUGGCGAGAAACUUUUAGUACCUGAAGUUGAACAAUUUUCGAAAGAAGCCAUUCUGUGUCCAAAGAAUUCAGAUGUGGAUUCCAUAAAUGAACAAGUUUUGAAUAUACUUGAGGGAAUACCACAGUCAUAUCUCAGCUCGGACACAAUCGAUGAAACGACAGACGAGGAUGGACGUAAUUAUCCGAUUGACACAAAAAGAGGUCUCUGCAACGGCACCCGUCUUAUCGUGAAAGAACUCAAGGCAAAUAUUAUUCAUGCCCAAGUUUUGACUGGAUCGGCAGAAGGCGAGGCUGUCUUUAUUCCAAGAAUUGACCUAGCCCCUUCAAAUCCUGAAAUUCCAUUUGUUUUGCGAAGAAGACAGUUUCCGAUAAAAUUGGCAUUUGCAAUGACAAUUAUGGUCGGAUUUUCUUUAAGAGUCUGA